GCCGCCGGGGUCGGUGAAGGAUCUCAAGAUGGCCAGGCGAAAACUUGCUCUAAAAACCAUUGACUGGGUAGCUUUUGGGGAGAUCAUACCCCGAAACCAGGAGGCCAUUGCCAUCUCCCUGAAAUCCUGGAAUGACAUGCUUACCUCCAGGCUGGCUACUCUUCCUGAGAAACCACCUGCUAUCGACUGGGCUUACUACAAGGCCAAUGUGGCAAAGGCUGGCUUGGUAGAUGACUUCAAGAAGUUUAAUGCCCUGAAGGUUCCUGUGCCAGAGAAUAAAUACACUGUCCAGGUGGACGCUGAGGAAAAAGAAGAUGUGAAAAGCUGUACUGAGUUUUUGUCUCGCUCAAAGGCCAGGAUUGAAGAAUAUGUAAAAGAGCUGGAGAAGAUGAAGAACAUAAUUCCAUUUGAUCAGAUGACCAUUGAGGACCUGAAUGAAGUCUUCCCAGAAACCAAAUUAGACAAGAAGAAGUAUCCCUAUUGGCCUCACAAGCCAAUUGAAAAUUUAUAAACUUGAGAUGAGGAGAAAGCCCCGGCCCUCAUAUUAUAAACGUUGGACAUUAAAAAUAAUGAUACGGAAAAAAAA